GGCCUAUAGUCACGUCACUGCCUGUCCUGCACUCGGCUCACCCUUCUCUUUACCCACCUAUAGCGUUCACCUGCUUGAGGCUGUUUAGGCGACAGCCGUCUCCAUCAAUAUCAGAUUUCUGCACCAAAGCGUGUGCUCCACAGUGAAAGGCAGCUGUAAAACAAACAAACAACAAACAAACAUAAACACGUGAUAACUGUAUUUUACCGAACGUACGAGCUGUCAAAACAAAAGCUUGUUCAUCGAGGUGUGGAAAUCUUUAACGAACCUCCCGCUGCUGAUUUUACGAGGUAUGAUUGGUGAAGUUGCUGGAAGCUCUAAAUGCCUUUCACCAGUCUUUUAAACCCCUGCAUCUUUUAGACUUUGCUUUGCUGUUACUUCUGCUUCAUGGCCGUUUGUCUUGACUAGAACAAGGCUGUAUGCAAGGCUUGGGUUUGAGUGAAACAAAAGAUAGCAUUGAACUGGCAGAUGAGGAGAAAAAAAACACAAAAAAACAAAACAGAUAUGAAAUCUUUUAGCUGAUAAGCCAUGAAAUGCCUCACUUCUCUUCUUCUUCUUUUGUUGUUCUUCUUCAUGCUCCCUCUUGUUUCUCUCCCUGCCUGUAUGAACACUAGUGUGAGGAAAAAGGGAGAGGAAGAGCAGUCUGCUGUUGCAAACAGUGCCUUUGGAGAAAUCUAUAAAUGCAGUCUUUAAAAAGUCCAUGUAGCCUAAUGUAUAGAUUUGUACUCUUGGUUUUCAUUUUAAUUUAAACAUGGUAUAUUUGUAUUUAACGUUUAGCCCCCUCGGUCGUCGUUUGUGUUACACUAUGCUGGUGGUGGGCUUCAGGAAGAAGCCUCCAUUACGCCUGUAUGUGCUCGUAUGAUUGUCUGUGUCCUUCUGUCCCUGUUGAUGCGACAAUAUGCUACGUGGGUCAGUACGGAUUACUGAGCAGCAUGGAUAAAAAACAAAAUGUGUCCAAAAAUUUUUAUCCGGCAAUAACAUUAAUAACACAGUGAUGUGACUCCUGGUUUGAUCGGAUUUUUUGAAUUUCUCAGGAAAGUCUCGAGUGCUUUUUGUUGUUGUUGUUGUCGUCCACCAAACGUAUGAAAAUAAGUUUUUUUCAGUCUUUUUAAAUACGGCGGAUGACAAAGAGUUUCAAGGUUUUAUUGCCUUGAGGGCAGAAAACAAAACACGUCGUCUGAGACACAAAAACAAAAAAGUUCUCAUGAAAUGUUUUUCCAUUUUCCGGCGUCAAGACUUAAAAAACACAAACCGAUUUGAAACGUGUGCAGACUCGAGACGCUCGCUGUGCAUGAUAUUCAAAGAAAACAAACCUGUGAGAUCUGGCCAUCUUUGUGUGACAACCGUGCACUGUAGUUGGUUCAUGACAUGAAAACGCCGGGAUAAGUUCAAGUGAUCAAAAAGCAAUAAAACCAUCUUCUACAUUUGUUGUGAAAUAGAAAUGCCGAAGUACUGUUUACGCUCAACAGGCAACGCUUUGUGGUUCCGUCUGCAUGGUCUGAAUCUCCUCCGUUGUGCUUCAUGCUCCUGUUUCUUUAUUCUCAAAUGCAUAUGACCUUUUUGUAAAGUACGUUUUCACGGGACGAGCGCAAUGCUCUCUUGAUGUUUUAGUCAUCGUUAUUAUAAAAGUUAUUGUUAUUUAUAUUUAAGGGAUAUUUAGAUUUUAGAUAUGUUAUCCUGCUUAUUAGAAUAGUUAACGGAAAAAAUGUUUGGUCAGGGAAGUUUCUAGUUUUCAAGAUUACUAUAAAACAAAUUCUAUUAUAAUCUGCCACCAAAUAAGAUUGCACUGUUCUGUACUGCUGUACAGUGUCUGGGUUGUUUUUAAUUUCUGCUCAUUUCAGUUUUGCUUUCCUCAAGUAGAAUUGUUUCUCCAGCUCGCAGACCUUUUGUCGGGCCUCCAGUUCGCAGAGAGAUACCAAAGUAUUCCACAGACUCCCCUAAAGUUACUGGCUCGAAGAUAUCAGACCUUUUGUCAAUCUCAGGAAGAACCCUACGAGAGGUGUGGCGGCGGGGCGUUAGCAGACAUCUCUAUCGUGUCCCCUCGUGACGGUGGUGAAACUAACCAGUACAUGUGCUCUUCUCUUUGUAACUCUGUGCUGUGACUCUUGCUGUAUUUAUGUUCUAGACUUUAAUGUGAUGGGUUUGUUGUUUGUCCUUCGUGAACAUGUCAGUGAUUCUAAAUGUUUAUGCCUUCUUAGGGCAAAGUUCAACGGCUGUUUCUUUUUUCAAGAAACAUUAUUUCUCUGUUUUAUUUCCGUCUGUGUUGGACAUUUAAUUCACGUUAAAGCCGGCAGAUUUUUGUUUUUUCCGAGUCGAUGGGCACGCUGGGUUAUACUGAUCUGUGCAAUUGAUCUGUCCGAGCCUCAGUGUAACACGUGUUUAGAUCGCAGGAUCUCAGAUUCUUCUUCUUUCUUUGUUUAUUUGCAGCUUCUUAUUAUACGUCAUGUGUUCCUGGUACCCUCAAUUAUGUCGCUUUUAUUAUUCCUCAUCAGGCACAUUCCGAGACAUCAGUUUGCAAAAGAUUUGCCUUCGAUUUUGUGUUUAAGUCACACACAUAAAGCUUUAUGCAUUGGAGGGAUAUGGACCGCAUUUUUAGGAAGAAAAAGCUUCUUUUUAAAGAUCCGUAGUAUCAGUGUAGUUCAUCGUUUUAUUAUCAUUUUGCACUAAGAAUGGCAUAAUCAAGUUACUGUUCUCUUGUGGGUUAUGAUUGAGCAUUGCAAGCUUGUUGUUCUUCUGAUCUUUGAUGGAUAGCUCUGUGUAUACUGUAACCAUCUUCCUUGUUUCUUCACCAUAUUACAUGUUAUCACUCUCAAAAAUAAUUUAUUGCUAACAAAAAAAAAAUGAAACAAAAAACAUGCUACUGAUUGUAUGUAUUUUUAAACAAAGCCUAUUUUUUCUGUAAAAAAAAAAAGAAAAAAAAAGAAACUGUGUUCAGCACUUUUAUUCUGGGUUGUGCUUUUGUUUUCUAUAUAUUUAUAAUUUAGAUCCAAAUGUAUAUAUUGUAAAAUUUGUGCCUUUCGACUAAUUCUUUAAAAAGGUUUUCUACUCAUUAAAGGAAGGACUAUAUGAAAUUGCAAUCUUAACUUUGUAAACAAAUAAAAACUUGAAGAUUGCUGAAACCGAGUGUUUUGUUGAGCGGCCCCCGUUUAGGGAACGGCCUUUGAUCUCACUGCUGGAGGUUACGGCAGCAUGUUUAACAUUACGUCUCAUGUAUUUAAACAAGUUACAUAGUAAAUAAAGAGAUGAAAUUAAAAAGUGAAGGGGGAACUUUUACGUUCACACUAAAUAUGGACAUAACUAGUUUCUGCCAGUGAUGUUCUGCAGCUUCACAUUACACCUGGACAUCUUUUUAUUAAUGCCACAUAGUCAUGGAGGAAUUAUCAAAUACACUCUGAACUCAAACCCUCUGAAUUGUAUCGGACUAGACGUGUAAAGUAGCACAAAUUAAAAUACUUAAGUUUACUACAAGUACCCAAAGAAUUACUUGAGUAAAUGUAGUUAGUCUCUGUGCCCAUCGUCUAGAAAUCUGUGCAAACAGAUCAAAUAAAGUGUAGCAGUGUUACAAAAUCAUUUGUAAAGUUGUAGCUGUCCAUUGUUUUGUUUUCAAAGCAAAACAAACCAAAAUUAAGACUUUGACAAUCAUCCAAAAUGUGAUUUAAUCCCUGUAUGAAUACCAAAAUAUUUUGGGUGGAUGUUCAACAUUAUUUAAGAAGGAAAAGCAGGCAAACUAUUUCAUUUCAGGAUAAAAGUAUGUUUAUUUGUUUUGAAGGUAAUAAUUCUUUUGUUAUUUUCAGUCAAUUUUUUGGGGGGAAAAUUACACAUUCACAAGAAGAGACAGACUCCAAACCACAUUUUUGACACUUUUAUCAAGAACUACAUCAGUAUGGCACCACGAUAAAAACAACCUAAAGAAGGCACUAAAACUAGGUGUGUGUUAAAUAUACACAAUAUACACACAUAAUAAUAUUAGUAGUAAUAAUAAUACACUUUUAAUGCUCGCCUGCUAUGGACAGUUUUGUGAGCACACUGUGUAAAACUACCAUGUUCUCCUAAAUGAAGAAGUGAGAGAGAGAAAAAGAGAACAAUAGCGUCUCUUAUCCCAGCCAAAACCGGGUGGCCAACUUCCGGUCUUUGACGCUAUACUUUGCGUGAUGACGUCUCGAAACUCACCUGCACGUUGAGCGGCGUGGACGCCACUCCUCCAGUCCUCACCUGUCUUCAGGGAGAUUUAGGAGGAAGUCUCCAAACACCUGAAACCAGUCAACGCGAGCGAGGGAAACGUUAAAGAAGACUUCGAGAGUUUAGGUUUUUGAUUUUAUAGAACUUGGACGGGCAAACAAUUUAAUCUACAAAGCGGAAGUUUACAGCUUUACAGAAACCAGGUAUGGAGGAGCUAACAAUAUGGGAGCAACAUACAAUAACACUAAACAAAGAUCCCAAAGUAGGGUUCGGCUUUGCCAUUUCAGGAGGCAAGGACAAGCCUCACCCAGACGACGGGGAUACAGCUGUGGUGGUGUCAGAUGUGCUGCCAAAUGGACCGGCCAUUGGACGACUGUUCUACAAGGACCAGAUCGUCAUGGUCAAUGGCGUGUCUAUGGAGAACGUUUACUCUACCUACACCAUUCAGAACCUCAAGUCAUGUGGCAAGACCGCAAACGUAACGGUGAAGCGCCCUCGCAAGAUCCAGAUCCCGGCGACCACCAGACCGACUCGGGCCGUCUCCCAUUCCAACCUGCUGGACCCGGACCAUCCCAGACGACCGCGACGCUACUCUGACGGCAGCGACAACAGAGAGAGCAACCGGUACCGCGCCCGCAGCGUCUCGCCGGUACGCAACGGGCACGGCAACGCGCUGCCGCUGAUGUCGACGGCGUACAAGAGGCUGCCGCGUCAGGACGUCGUGGAGAAGCCCAUCAGGACUACACUGCUCAAGAAGAGAAUCACAGAUGAGUAUGGACUGAAGCUGGGCAGUCAGAUCUUCAUCAAGCACAUGACGGAAACAGGCCUGGCCUCGAAGGAAGGAACGCUACAGGAGGGAGACCUCAUCCUCAAGAUCAACGGCAUGACGACGGAGAAUCUGUCCCUGCUGGAGACCAAGCACUUGGUGGAGAAGAGCCGGGGCAAACUGACCAUGACGGUCCUCAGGGACGACCGCAAGUUCCUGGUCAGCAUCCCAGAGAUGGAGGACAGCGCCCCCAACAGCGACAACGACCGCCGCCGAGGCAGCAGUUCUGAACUGGAGGACAUUUCAGACCUGGACGAAGACACUCCGACUCGCAGAACGUCCCGCCAGCCCAACAGAGAGAAACGGACACGCAGAACGAGAGCUGAACCUCCUCCAUCCAAGUCUCGGGAUUCGUCACCGAUGCGCUCCACCUUGACUCGUCCGCCCGUAAAAUCCUACGCCUCUCGCAGAGCUCCCUCUGAGUCUGUGUCGGACCGCAGUGCCUCUCCUCCCGUCAGGAGAGACAGUCCGGACCUGAGGGAUCCCUCCAGCAAAUACAAAUCUCUGUCUGGUAUGUCCAUCCUCCCCAACCCUCGCUCCUCUCCUCAAGUCCCCAACUGGUCCACCUCCUCCUCCGCAUCGCGGCCUCGCAAGCCGGUGUCGGAGUCGGACUCGGACCGCAGCACCUCCCCUGUGCCGCGCAGACGGAGCCCGCGUCCAGACAGCAGAUACAAAGUUCUUCCUGAUCUGGCCUUCGGAGGAGGACUGAGAGCUUCCCCCAUUGAUGUUCGUGGCGAGACACUAAGGAGGGUCAACUCUCCUGUGAGAGUCCUGCCCUCAGACUCUGACUCGGAGUCGGAAGUGAGCCUGCCCCGUCCUCGGAGGCAGAGCACCACGUCCAAUCAGGACUCCCUCAGCAGAUACAGAGUCCUGCCAGAUGUUGCCCUGCAGCCUCACGUGGAUACGCCCCGAUGGAGCGCCCCCAGCGUCACUGCCAGCAAUCCGCCACGGAAAGCUCCUUCAGAUUCAGAAUCGGAGGCCAGUUACGAAUCUGAGCCUCGCAGGGAAUCUACGGAGCCCAAGAAGUCGAGCACGGCUAAGAGAUACAGAGUCCUGCCUGACAUCAAAUCCCCGUCAGUCGCCAUGAAGCAGGAGCCUCCUCGCCGCGUCCAGUCACCCACCAGACCUCCUCCUGAUGAUUCCUCAGAUUCAGACCAGCUGUCACAUCUCAGGAGGUCCGGGAGCUCUGAGCGGGACGUCAGCCGCCACAGAGUUCCUCGUGAUGCUAAUGGAACGGAACCCCUGAAGUCCGGCAUUUCAGCAAAGAGCAGCCCUCCAACCUACUCAAAGCCUGCAGAGGAGCCAAUCUACUCCCUACCUCCAGACUCUUACCCAGCACCUAAUCCAGGGUACAGCUCAGACCUUCACACGGUGUCGUUUGUGAAGGAGGGCAGCGUGGGUCUGAGGCUGGUGGGGGGCAACGAUGUCGGCAUAUUUGUCGGUGGAGUUCAGCCAAACAGCCCGGCGUACGAGGAGGGAAUGAAAGAGGGGGACCAGAUCAUGCAGGUAAAUAAAGUAGAUUUUGGUCAUUUCACACGAGAAGAAGCCGCCAACUUCCUCCUGAACAUCAAGAGAGGAGAGCAGGUUGAAAUCUCCACUCAGAACAAGAUGGACAUUUAUAAGAAGAUCAUCAAGUCCAACCUGGCCGACAACUUCUACAUUCGCACCCACUUUGACCACGAGGCAGAAGGCCCCAUCGGCCUGAGCUUCACCAGAGGAGAGGUGUUCAGGGUGGUGGACACGAUGCACCGCGGGAAGUUGGGCAACUGGCUGGCCAGCCGCAUGGGGAACGACCUGCACGAGAUGGAUAAAGGCACCAUCCCCAACCAGGCCAGGGCCGAGACGUUGGCCAGCAUAGAGCAGUCGCAGCGGAUGAGCGGAGAGAGGCAGGUGUCGGGGCCGAGAGCCGAGUUCUGGAAGCUACGGGGGCUCAGAGGGAACAAAAAGAACGAGAAGAACGGCCGCCGGAGUCGCGACGACCUGCUACACCUCACCAUUCAGGGCAAAUUCCCGCCCUACGAGAGAGUCCUGCUCAGAGAAGCUAAUUUCAAACGGCCCAUUGUCAUUCUGGGUCCUCUUAAUGACAUUGCCAUGGAGAAGCUGGCCAGAGAGAUGCCUGAUGAAUAUGAAGUGGCAGACAUGGUUCCUCGCAGUGGAGGAGGAGACAGCGGCUCCACAGUCAUUAAACUGGACACUGUGAGGAGAAUAGCUGAGAAGGACAAGCACCCUCUUCUGGACAUCACUCCUACUGCAGUGGAAAGGCUGAACUACAUCCAGUACCACCCAAUGGUGCUGUUCCUGGACCCGCACAGCCGCAAGGACGUCAAGGCCAUCAGGCAGAGGUACAGCCCCAACUCCAACAAGAGCUCCAGACGCCUCUACACACAAGCCCUGAAGCUGAGGAAACACUGCAGCCACCUUUUCUCAGCACGUAUUGACCUGCAGCCCAGCUCCAAUAUUUGGUACGAGAGUCUGAAGGAUAAGAUCCGCCACCAACAGUCAAAACCUGUCUGGGUGUCUGAAGUGAAGUUGGAGAGCGGAGGAGAACAGGACUUGGAUGCUCUGGACCAAACCCAGUCCGACUACCUCAGUGCUGCCAGUGACCUGGAGGACACGGACGGAGAGAUCUACACCGACAACGAGGAGCUGGAGGAGGCUUACCCCGGUCAGAACGUUGAAGAGCUCCCCAGAGGCUCCAGGGUAGCCGGAGCUGCUUUAGCCCGAUCAUCUGAGCCCGCCGCCGUGCGCCACAGCCCCACCUUCGACUCCGAGUCUGAAUCCGACACGCACUCGCACAGAGAAAUCCCACCGCUGAUGCACGUGCCUGAACCCAGAGCACGGCAGGAGAGUUACAGCCCGUCUCACAGCGCCGCUGAGGAGGACGACCGAGAAGACUUCUCUCAUCGCAGUUUCACAGACUCAGAUUUCAGUGCGCUCAAUGUGGUCGCGCGCACCACUCCGUCAGAGGGACCCCCGGAUUUUAUAGCCCCCGACCCCUACACCCGGUACUCGGUGACCGAGCCUUCGUACGCCGAGGUGCAGCCCGAGAGCCCACAACACGCCAGCCUGUCUGUUAUCGAGGAGAAAUUACAACAGGCUCGCUCUGCAGCGCCACAGGAACCAGCUGAGGAGAGGAAGGGCCCUCAGUUCAUCGUGCUAGCACAUCAUCACCAGGCGGUCCAGUUCAGACGCACACAGAUCCGAGGCAGCGACAGCUCCGAGGAGGAGGAAGAGGUGGAUGACGUUGAAUGGGGUCCUGCGACGGAGCUAUAAAGUUUGAAUCGAGGAUUUAAAGCCGGAGUCCACUAAACUGACGAGGACGUGGAGACUAUUUCACUCUUUCAAGAAACUCUCUUGGAUCAUUUUGUACCAUUUUCAUGAACGGCCUAGUUCGGUUGUGGGAGAUUUUAUGAAGUUAACUUUUUAAAUGUUAACUAAAAGUGUUAACAUCUAACGAAAGGUUCUAACGUGAAUGUUCAGAUCAGAGUGCCUGAGUAGCUCUUAUUUUGUAUUUAAAUAACACCAUGUCAAACAAGUCAGCCUUACCUUUUGUUACUGCCGCUGUUUGGAACAUAACAAAUUCUAGUUUUAUUAGAAAUCACACCGAAUGAGUCUCUUCAUAGAAAUAUUAUGUUUAGUUAAUAUGUUUAAAUAUAUUUUCAUUUAAACAUUUAUGAAAUGUUUGGAUUCCUCUUUAACUUUUUCUACAAUAAACAGUUUUUUCCGAUUUUAAACGUGGGUGUGUUCAAUCGUACAAAAUGGCAAAAGCGGCUAUAAAUGUUUUGUGCUUUUACAUAUUUGCCCGGAUUAACAUAAUUAAUAAACGCAUAACUGAUGAUCAAUGAUAUUAGCUAUUAAGAGUAGAAUCAAUGAA